CUCUCCACCUAUAUAUACACAUAUACAUAUAUCUCUGGGCAAAUCAUUCUUGCUCGGAGAAGAAGAAGACAAUAGGGUUUGAUACUUGGCUCUCUGUCUGAAAAAAAUGGGCGCACCUAUCGAGAGACCGAACAACUCAUCGGUGGAGUUGUCGAAAAUGGCAGUUUCCGACACUCACGGAGAAGAUUCUCCGUACUUCGCCGGCUGGAAAGCGUACGACGAAGAUCCGUACGAAGAAUCUCACAACCCCUCCGGCGUUAUCCAGAUGGGUCUUGCGGAGAAUCAGGUUUCGUUCGAUCUGUUGGAAGGUUACUUGGAGAAGAAGAAUCCAGAAGGUUCUCUGACGUGGGGAAAAGGAUCUUACGGGUUCCGUGAAAACGCUUUGUUUCAAGACUAUCACGGUCUGAAAUCAUUCAGACAGGCCAUGGCCAGUUUCAUGGAGCAGAUUCGCGGUAAGAGAGUAAAAUUCGAUCCGGAGAGGAUCGUCCUCACGGCCGGCGCCACCGCAGCCAACGAGCUCUUGACGUUCAUUUUGGCCAAUCCCGGCGACGCUUUGCUCGUCCCCACGCCCUAUUACCCAGGAUUCGAUAGAGACUUGAGAUGGAGAACUGGAGUGAGAAUAAUGCCGAUCCACUGCCACAGCUCUAACAAUUUCCAGAUAACCCCAGAAGCGCUUGAAUCAGCGUUCGAGGAGGCACGAGCCAUGAACACUAGAGUCCGAGGCGUACUCAUAACGAACCCUUCCAACCCUUUAGGAGCUACGGUCCAAAGGAAGGUUCUUGAAAAUCUCCUCGACUUUUGCGUCCGCAAGAACAUUCACCUCGUCUCGGACGAAAUCUAUUCCGGCUCGGUCUUUCACGCCGAGGAAUUCACCAGUGUGACCGAGAUCAUCGAGAACCGGGACGAGUCGGUCCGAGAACGUGUCCACAUAGUGUACAGCCUCUCUAAGGAUCUGGGUCUUCCAGGUUUUCGAGUAGGAACUAUAUAUUCUUACAACGACAACGUCGUUAGGACAGCGAGAAGGAUGUCGAGUUUCACUCUCGUCUCGUCUCAGACGCAACACAUGUUGGCGUCCAUGUUGUCGAACGAGGAAUUCGCCGAAAAGUACGUGAGGAUCAAUCGAGAAAGGCUUAGGACACGGUACGAAAUGAUGGUGGAGGGAUUGAAGAAAGCCGGAAUCGAGUGUUUGAAUGGAAACGCGGGGCUGUUCUGUUGGGUGAAUAUGAGUCCGUUGUUGAAGAACAAUACAAAAGGUGGUGAAUUGGAUCUGUGGGAUGUGAUUUUGAAAGGAUUGAAGCUUAAUAUCUCUCCCGGUUCGUCGUGUCACUGCUCCGAACCGGGUUGGUUUAGGGUUUGUUUUGCCAACAUGAGUGAGAAGACGCUGGACGUGGCUUUGAAGAGAAUACAAGAGUUCAUGGACCAACGGAGAAGGUUCUAACGAUUACACCGAUCAAGAGUGAAAUUAAAUUUUCUGGUCACAUUAUUCAUUAAAAAAUUCAAUUUUUUUUUGGGAGAAGCAUAGUCACUGGAACCCGAUUUCUGGUGACGGGUUUUGGUUUGUUUCUCGUUUUGAAAAUAUAUAUACAUCAUGUAUAUGUCACUUUAUUGUAUACACACGUAUAUGUGUGUGAUGUGAUUGUUUUCUUGCUUUCAGACAAGCAAGUUAAUGCUAUUUCUCUCUCUUUUUUUUUUAA